CCGAACGUGAAAUUUCUUUUUCUGGAUUAGACGUUCGCUGCUUUUCGUUUCGUUUGUGUAUAUUUUGCAAUCGGGUCAGCUUUGUUGAUGGAUCAGUUGGUUAACGUUGUCAGUCAAAACUUAACGAAGUCCAACACCAGGCUUACAAUUUUCAAAUUUUAAACAUUAAUGCUAUAAUUAUGAGUCAAGACGUAACUUACCUUGGGUUUGAUAUAAGUACACAGCAGUUAAAAGCUGUUGUAAUUAAUGAUGCCUUAAGAAUUACACAUCAGUCUUCGGUGUCUUUUGAUUUAGAUCUUCCUGAGUUUCGAACUCAUGGAGGAGUUUAUAGUCAUGAUGAUAAGUUAACUGUAACAGCUCCGCCUAUUAUGUGGAUAAAAGCUUUUGAUAUGAUUUUGGAAAAACUAAAACUUGAUGGGCUAGAUUUUUCUUCUGUGGCAGCAAUAUCUGGUGCUGCUCAGCAACAUGGAAGUGUCUAUUGGAAGAAAGGUGCUGAGCAAAUACUUCAUACUGUGCUGCCGAAUAAAUUUCUACAUGAGCAGUUGCAAGGUUGUUUUAGCAUGAGAGAUUCUCCAGUCUGGAUGGAUUCUAGUACUACAUCAUACUGUAAAACAUUUGAAAGGGGUGUUGGUGGUCCAAUCAUGCUGUCGCAAAUAACAGGCUCUCGUGCUUAUGAAAGGUUUACUGCAAGCCAAAUUGCAAAACUGCACCAAACUAAGCCUGUUGUGUACAACAACACUGAGAGAAUUUCCCUUGUUAGUAGUUUUGCUGCAACACUAUUUCUUUGCCAUUAUGCUCCCAUUGACUUAAGUGAUGGAUCUGGAAUGAAUUUGUUAGAUAUUCACCUAAAGGAUUGGUCUGAUGUUUGCUUAGAGGUUUGUGCUCCAAAUCUUAGGGAGAAGUUAGGUGUUCCAGUACCCUCUUCAACUGUUUUAGGUACUAUUGCCCCUUAUUUUGUGGAUCGUUAUGGUUUUGCUGAGACUUGUAAAAUUAUAGCAUUUACUGGUGACAAUCCAGCUUCCCUUGCUGGAACUCAGUUAAACAAGGGAGAUAUGGCAAUCAGCUUAGGUACUAGUGACACGGUUUUUCUUUGGCUGACUGAAUAUAGGCCUUCUUUAGAUGGGCACAUUCUUUGCAACCCAUUAACCAGCAAAGAUUUCAUGGCAUUAUUAUGUUUUAAAAAUGGUUCUUUUACAAGAGAAAGAAUAAGAGAUGAUUGUGCUGAUGGAUCAUGGCAAUUGUUUAGUGAUCUUUUAGAUAGCACACCUCGAGGGAAUUUCGGUAACAUAGGAAUGUACUUUGACAUGAUGGAAAUAGUUCCACCUAUGAUUGGAGAUUAUCGAUUCAAUAGAAAUAAUGAAUUGGUUCAGCGAUUUUCAAAAGAAGUUGAAGUAAGAGCUCUUAUUGAGGGUCAAUUUCUUGCAAAAAGAGUUCAUGCUGAAAAUGUGGGAUUUACAAUAGGUUCUAAGUCCAAAAUUAUUGCUACUGGUGGGGCAUCAGCUAACCAAGCAAUUGUACAGGUCUUAUCUGAUGUAUUUAAUGUACCGGUGUAUGUGUUGGACUUUCCUAACUCAGCUUGUUUAGGAGCUGCAUUGAGAGCCAAGCAUGGUCUUUUAGGUGAAGAAUUUGGAUUUCAUAAAAUGUUUGAGGAACCAUUGAAACUUCAUUUAAGUGCAAAGCCAGCUAAAGACGCAGCUGAAAUUUAUGGUCCAAUGCUUCUUCGAUACAGAAUUUUAGAAGAUAGAAUAAUAAGAGAGAAUGACUUUUGAUAUUUUGAUUGAUGUUUAUAUACAACAGUACUUUGAAUAGUUUAACACUUGCAGGAGCUUUCUAUUUGGAAUCCUAUUUGGAACUUUCAGUAUUUAUACAUGUUGUGCUUCUAACAAAGUUAUAUUUUAAAAUGAACAGAUUAAUUUUAACUUUAAAAUAUUUAUUUAUAAGUUGAUACAUUUAUUGUGUUUUUAUUAUAGAAUACGAGGUAUAUUUGCUUUAUUCAUUCAGAACUUUACUGUUGUUAUUGAUGUUCCACUUUAACUUCAUAUGAUUAGGAAAAAAAUGUAUUAAAGAAUUAUUUUAUGCAUAUCGAUAUUGUUUUCAUCUGGAAAAAAAUAUAUACAUAACAUUAAGAAAGCUUCCUUUAAUAUCUUAGAAGAAUUUAUUCAAAAAAUGUUAAAUUUUACCUUUUUAGGUAAAGAAAUGUUGUUCUUAUAUAUUUUCUGUGAUAUUUCCUUAAAUAUUGAGUAAAACAUUUCAUAAAUUGGAAAAGAAUUCAUAUUAACUGCACACUAGUAUACUUUCAAUGAUUGAAUUACAUUCUUCAUUCCAUUUUUAUUGUUUUCUUGUGUAUGUAUACAUAUUUCAUCAAAAGUCUGUAACUUACAAUCGCCACUCCUAUAAGGAAGUGUUUAUCAAAUGUAAUUACAUAAGUAUUUUGAUUUAAUGUAUUUUUAUACAUGUACUUUUAAUGUAUAACAUUUUUGAUACAUUUUUCUUUAUAUACUGCUGAACUGUUAAAUAGUUAUUUUCCUUUAACUUUUAAUACUUCACAUUUUAUUUUUAUUAAAUAUACACUUACUAAAUUUUAAUCAUAUUUGCUGUGCAAGUAUUUUGUUCUGAAAACAUAUUUUCUAUGCUAAUGUUUUGACAUGGCUUUUCUGAGAACUAAUAUUUUCUGAAAUUUGGUACUUUUAAACUGUUCAGGGCUUUAGUGCCUAACUUUUAUUUUUUACUUUUACAAUUUUUACCAUUGUUAAUUUUCCAUGGCUCUUGCUUUUAACUUCAAAUUAAGUUAAUUGUAGAAAAGGAAAUUUAGCUUUGAAAAUUUAUUCUCGUUUUAUCGGGUAAUAUUAUAGUGAAAAAAAUAUUUGUAGGUUUUUUUAAAUGCUUAUUUAUUGAGAUGUCUAUUUAUAUUAAAAGCAAUUUCAUUUCAUUUCUUUAACAUUUAUUAAAAUUCAUUGCUUCAUAAUGUAAUAUUCAUACAUUACAUUUUAGAACUGAAAUACUUUUUAAAUUAUCGUAUCACUUUGGCAUAUGCAGCGAUUAAUUACUCUAAAAUACUUUAAAUCUAUUUUUAAAAAUUCAUUUCCAUGUAUCAUAUUUUCCAGACUAAAAUAUGCAAAUUAUCUGUUUUAAAAGUUAAAUAUCUCAGGUGUGUAUGUAAGCCACAAAGGAGAUACAAUCAAAUAUUUUUGAAGUUGAGUUAUUUCAACAUUGAUUUUUCAAGAGCAUCGAUUGGAUACAUCACUGACCCUGUAUAAGACUUUAAAGGCCCCUUGUUAUGAAAAGAAGGCACAUUUUAUUUUAAAUUGAAUUUCUGAGUAGAUGAGUAACAUUCUUUUCAAAAGCACAAAAAAUGUUGUUGACAAAACUUAAGGAAUUGUUACUGUAAUUUAAUAUAAGUUGCAUUCUCGCUUGUUUAAUUUGCACCUCAGUUAUUCAUGUGUGCAAUCAUUGAUAAAUUUUAUGGCACAUCCCAAAGGCUUUUGCUACUUAAUUUAAAAAAUACAAUAAAGAAAAAAUAUAUAUUUUUUUAAGGUAAAGGAAAACAGUUGUGUGAUAUUAGUAAUUAAAAUUAUUUUUGAGCAAUAUCACUUCUUAAAUUUAUACUUGCUGUAAACAAUUUAAAAAAUAAUAAUCAGAAAUUGCUUUUAAUUGCCUAUUUAUUUUUCUUUCUUGUCGAUCAGCUUGUAAAAUUUUUUCUACAGCUGGUCUGCAAGUUAUGAUAUCUUAUUCAAACUUCAACUUUUUACAAUAGCAGUGUAAAAUUCUAACAGUAUUUCUGUUUAAUACCUCAAUCAAUGAAUUUCCAAAACAUUAAAUGUCUAUGAAACUUUUGUAUUCUAAUAACACAUGUAACUUUAAAAUUAUAAUCUACUGGUUUUCUCUGGAAAAACACUUAAUAGAUAUCUAGAUAUCUUAAUAGAAUUAUGCAUGCAGAAUGCACAAAAAAAAAAAAGUUUGAAAGAGGCAUUGUUAAAUUGAUUUUUAUCAAAUGUGAAACCAGUUAAUUUUUAAUGAGGAAAGGCUAAUGACUUUUUAUCAGCUAAGCUAGCACAUUAAUUAUCAAUCCUUUGAUUGAUUAUGUUUACAAUGAAUGUACAUGCGUUUUUUUUCCCCUUUUCUUUCUGUUUUUUUUUAAAUAGAUUUAUUUUUAAGUCAAAUGUAUUGAUAAAUUAAAGCUUGCACUUGUUACACUCAGAUUUUUUUUAAAUUCUUUUUGUGCUUAUUUUGCUGUUACAUUUAAGUGAAAAAAACUAUUAUAUUUGUAAAAUAUUUUGAACAUGAAAUCGUUGUAAAUUUUCCUACAUUUUUUGCCUGAAUAUUUUGCAAGAUUUUCUGUAUAAUAACUAGUUAAUAUAUUUUGUAAGAUUUUCUGUAUUAUUACUAGUUAAUAUAUUUUGUUUUAUUUCAUAUAUUUUAUAUUACUUUUGAAUUUCUCAUUUUUGAAAGUUCAAUGAUGUAAAUGUAGUGCAAUAACAUUGGUAAUCUUUUAUAUAUUUUUAAAGUAAAUAAUUUGACCCUGUUUGGUCUUUGCAUUACUGGAGUAAAUUUUCAUUUACUUCUCAUGCUCAAUGAGUUGAUUUCCAGAUGAGCAUUAUUACUUGUUUACCUGUCAUAGAUAAAUUUGUCUACAUUAAUAUUUAUGUAAUUAACACAUACACAUGAUUUUUUUUUCCAUCUCCAUAUUCUAUGAUAAAUAUAUAAUUGCCAAAAAUACUUUUCUCGACGGGAAAAUAUGUUAUCUUGACUGUUGUGCCAAGUAGUUAAUGUGUUUUUUAUUAUUUCAUUGGAAAUAUUAACUGUAUUCAUACAAAAAGAGUGUUAAAGUAGAAGAUAUGCUUAAUUUCAUUUCCAAUACAUGUUACACCUCUGUUAUGAGUGGUUGCUUAAAAUGGUUUUCCUCAAACUUCAUAAAGUGUAUCUUUUAUUCAUUUUGAAAUUAUAAGCUGUUUCUUUUUUAGUGAAUAAAUUUUCUAUUUUGAUUCUUUUAUUGUUCAUUUGCCAAGCAAAAUUGUUGAAUAAACAAAAAUUUUGUG